AUCAGCUUUCUCUCGCGUCAGAAACUCUGGUUCCACGCCGCCGGUGACGUUGGACAACAAAGAUGGCAGGAGGAAACAGCAAUUACUGGGAAGAUCUGCGGAAGCAGGCCCGGCAGCUGGAGAAUGAGCUCGAUCUGAAACUAGUCUCCUUCAGUAAACUCUGCACCAGUUACAGCAGCUCCAGAGAUGGCAGACGAGGAGAAAACUCUGAUACAACUCCGCUCCUCAACAACUCCACCCAGGACCGGAUGUUUGAGGCCAUGUCUGUGGAGAUUGAGCAGCUUCUGGCAAAACUGACGGGGGUGAACGACAAGAUGGCGGAGUACAGCAGCACAGCUGGAGUGACGUCCCACAACGCUGCUCUGAUGCACACGCUGCAGCGGCACAGAGACAUCCUUCAGGAUUACACUCAUGAAUAUCACAAAACGAAAUCCAACUUCGUGACGAUCAGAGAAAGAGAGGACUUGCUGGGAUCUGUCAGGAAAGAUAUUGAGACCUAUAAGAGCGGCUCAGGAGUGAACAACAGAAGAACGGAGGUUUUCCUGAAGGAGCACGAGCACCUCAGAAACUCAGACAGACUCAUCGACGACGCUAUACACAUUGCCAUGGCAACUAAGGAGAAUAUGACCUCGCAGCGGAGCAUGUUGAAGUCCAUACAGAGCAGGGUCAACACUUUGGCCAAUCGCUUCCCUGCCAUAAACAGCCUCAUCCAGCGAAUCAACCUGCGGAAGAGGCGGGACUCGUUAAUUCUGGGCGGAGUCAUCGGCAUUUGCACCAUUCUGCUGCUGCUCUACGCAUUUCACUGAUGGGACACGAUGGAGCUGACCAGUCGCUUUUCGUUUUACUACUCAAACUCCUCUUCCUCCCCCCUCUCCAACAUACUGCUAAGUUGUGAUGGAACUUAAGGUGUUCAGGGCCGGACUUGGUGAAGGAAAGACCCCGGAGGCUGCUAUUAGCAAACGCCCACUUGGCCUAAUUGGAUAACAGUAUUGAUUGUGGCCGACCAUAGACUUUCUUGUUUGUAUUUAUCAGAGGGAAUGGGGUGCUAGUUUGGUGCAGUCCGGCAGCAAAUUUUUCUGGGGUUACGCUCACUCUCUCCGCUCCCGGUAAACAGCCCCUGGGCUGGAGGAAGAGAGAUGAGAAGGGAACAGAGACCAAAUAACUAAUGCAACUAACCUGAUUUUGUUGUUUUUGUUUCUUGCUUUUGUUGAUUUUGUUUGAUUUUUUUUCUGUUUUUAAGAGAGCAAAAUGUAACUUUGCUCGCUCUGAAGAGAAAGGCAAAAACAUAAAAAAUGUGUGCCAUCCAUGAUGAUCUUUUUUGAUUUAGCUUUUCUUUCCUUUCAGGCAAAGCGUUUUUAAGUGUGAUGGUCCGUAUAGUGAAGGAGGAUGUUCAUCAUCAUGUUAUGUAUCCUGUUCAUUAAUAAAUUAUUCAUAUAAAUGUACAACAAAUGUGUGAAAGAAGGCACUGGAAAAAAAACCUCUGAAAACAAAAGCUUUUUAACCAACCCUAAGAUUAGCAAUUUACCUUCACACGAGGGAUUUGUGACCCUUUGAAACAGCAGAAAGAAUCCUACAUUAAUAUGUUCUCAUUUGGUUCGCAUAGCUAUUGUAAAGUCAUCAUCAGUGUUGUUGAAUGAGGCUGACGCUCUAGGUACUCAGACAGAGGUCGCCCUCUUGAGCCAAUAGUUAUCAUCCAGCUGCCAUUACUCCAGAGAAUGCAUUACUGAUCUGAUGCGGCACGGUUCUAUGUAAUGGUAAGGCUCCAAGAUACUCGCCCAAGAGGGGAGUGGAGCUGUGUGGGGUGUGUGCCCCCACCGAUCCUAGUCUGACAGUCCCGACCGAGAACCUUCCUCCGUUAUCGUACCUCAUCUCUGUCCGAUUCAUGGGCAGCCGCAAGAAGACAUCUUGAGGAAAUGGAGCAUGAUCAUGGAAUAACAGCAAGCCAGCAUUUUCCUUUUACAGCUUGAUGAAAAUGCAGUUUGAGUGAAAUCAUGUCGGGGGGAAGACGACACAAGAGACUGGAGGGGCGGUAGGUAGUUACAGUAGAUGAGGGAGGUACAUGUACAGUGUACAUUGAAGCUUGUUAGAGGGCCUUAGUAGCUAUGGGAGUCUAGAUGACACUCGAAAGGCUGUGUGUCACACUUCCGUUCGGUUCUCCUCCAUUACUCGUCUGCCAUUUGGUUCUCCCCAUUAGGCCGCUCUGUACUGUCCCAUUUCCUUUGUUCCCAGGCUUCUGACAAAUGAGGUCUCCCCCCUACAUCACACAAUCUCUCUCUGCUGACACUGCGAGAAGAUGAACUCAUAAAGGGCUUGUGGGCGCCGUGUAUUUUUGAUGGCUCCUCGUCACAAUAUUGCCCUCUCCUCCUCAUCUAAAAGGCUUUCAUUGUUCUCUUGUCUUGUUAGAGCUGCAGCAUUGGUAAAGUAUCUCUCUACUGUCUUGAAAUACAUGUGUAAGCGCAAGAUGAUUGCUGUCUCUUUUUUUCUUUUUUUUUUCUUUUCUGGUUUCACUUAAUUUUCCACAGCUUCAUCUGAUGACAAAUGCGUUCUUCAGAUACCAUUUCUUUUAUUGGGUACUCUUCUGCAGUUUAGGGUUUCACAAUGAAAUGUCAAUUUCAGUUGGUGCUCAUGGGUCUGAUUGAAGAGACUGUAAAAAAAAAAAAAUUGAGCUUCAUCCCUCAGUGUGUCAUCUGAAAUCUCCAUUUGAUCUCAGGCAUAGCCUUUAGCGUAUGAAAGUCUGUAGAACGAAUGAACCUCUCAUUCUGUGUAAAUAAUGUACAUAGAUACAGUAUAAUUAUAUGUUUACAGCUCCUGUUUCAAGUUGGUCUGGUGGUUGUUGCAGUUAUGCAUAGACAGUACAGCUCAAUCUCUCGCCAGUUCGAAUGAAUUUGUAUGAAUGACAUGGGCAAAGUUAUGUUGUUUUAAUCUUUUCUUCCCCGUCGGCAGCAACUAUCUCGCCAGUUUUCCUCCUAUACCCAUGCUUGUGAAUCUGCUCAUCUUUUUUUAUGGUAAUCAAGCCCCUGUUAAAGUGAGUCGGGAUGUCUAUUGGUUGAAUGCUUUUACUAAAAUAAAAUAAAAUUGUGAUUUCA